CCUAGAAGCAUAGAAAGGUACUCCCUCUCUCCCCACCCAUGGGCAAUCGUAAAGCCAGAUGCAUCUCAUCCUACACCCAGCAAGAAGCCCUGUGUAUCUCCGCUCUCCGGACCCGGGGACAUCGCCACGCCCAGCUUCCCAGGCCCGUCUUCCCAGCCUCUCCAGUCCUCCGGGUCUCCACGCAACAAUGAGGCGUGGGCGGCCCCAGCGGCUUCAUUUGCAUACCGCCCCGGCUCGGCCAAUGGGCUGCGCGGGGGCUGUGGAGCGCAGUGUUGCCAUCUGCGUGCGCGCGUGUGUGCGAGUGUGACAGCGGCUGUGGCCGUGGCCGUGGCCGUGGGAGGCCGGCCCGGCGGAGCCCAGCCGCGCGGGGACCGGCCCCGGCGCCCGCUCCCCCAGCGCGUCGCAGCCGCGUGGCCCGGCCGAGCACAGAGAACACCCAGCCCUGGCGGGGCGCAGUCGCGAUGUCGGUGGCGGGGCUGAAGAAGCAGUUCCACAAAGCCAGCCAGCUAUUUAGUGAAAAAAUAAGUGGUGUUGAAGGAACGAAACUAGAUGACGAAUUUCUUGACAUGGAGAGGAAAAUAGAUGUGACCAAUAAAGCUGUUGCAGAAAUUCUUUCAAAAGCCACAGAAUAUCUUCAGCCAAAUCCAGCAUACAGAGCUAAACUAGGAAUGCUGAACACUGUGUCGAAGAUCCGAGGACAGGUGAAAACCACUGGAUACCCGCAGACGGAAGGCUUGCUGGGCGACUGUAUGCUGAAAUACGGGAAGGAGCUGGGGGAAGGCUCCACCUUUGGCAAUGCACUGAUAGAAGUUGGUGAAUCCAUGAAGCUAAUGGCCGAGGUGAAGGACUCUCUUGAUAUUAAUGUAAAACAAACUUUUAUUGAUCCACUUCAGUUACUACAAGACAAAGAUUUAAAAGAGAUUUGGCACCACCUGAAAAAGCUGGAAGGCCGCCGCCUGGAUUACGAUUAUAAAAAGAAGCGAGUAGGUAAGAUACCAGACGAAGAAGUCAGACAAGCGGUAGAAAAAUUUGAAGAGUCAAAGGAGUUGGCUGAAAGAAGCAUGUUUAAUUUUUUAGAAAAUGAUGUAGAACAAGUUAGCCAGCUGGCCGUGUUUAUAGAGGCAGCGUUAGACUAUCACAGACAGUCCACAGAGAUUCUGCAGGAGCUGCAGAGGAAACUACAGAUGCGAAUAGCGGCUGCUUCCAAUGUCCCCAAACGAGAAUACAAGCCACGGCCCAUAAAGAGGAGUCCUAGUGAGCUCAAUGGGGUUUCCAACACGUCUUCAACAAAGACAACAGCCUACAGCAGACUGGAGGCGGCAGAUUAGAAAGGCCUGAGGGACCACUUCUGGACGGCCCACUGACAGCAGGAAAAAGUGACAGGUCGCAGCCUGACUACAAGGGAGGCAAGAGAAAAGCUGUAAAAAGCAGGAACAAAAACUCAAAAGGCCCAGCAGUCUGGGGCAUUUACUAAGAGACAAAGAGCCCUCCUCAGGUUCUAACGUUCCCAUGGACCAACCCUGCUGUCGUGGUCUCUAUGACUUUGAGCCAGAAAACCAAGGAGAACUAGGAUUUAAAGAAGGGGACAUCAUUACAUUAACCAAUCAAAUAGAUGAAAACUGGUAUGAAGGAAUGCUACAUGGGGAAUCUGGAUUCUUCCCCAUUAAUUAUGUUGAAGUGAUCGUGCCUUUACCUCAGUAAAUGUGUAACUCACACUUUGGACAUACUUUCGUAACUGAAAUGAAUUCACACCAGUGUUCUCCCAGUGUGGUGUUCUGUGACAUCCUUGCUCUUUGACCAACUUAAUGACUUUUGUAGGUGUGUUCUCUUUAUAAUGUAUUUUGUAUCAAUUUAAUUUGUAUAAAUGAUUUUCUUGUCUUAGCUACCUGAAAAUACAGUUUUCUUUUUGGCUUAUUGUUCUUUAAAUGUUAUUGGUUAACUUAGUCAUUGGUUAAAUAAAUGUAUGUGCUUCCUGUUGCUAAAAAUAAAUGCACUAUUGCAGUUAUGUCCAUGAAUUGUUCAUAUUCCUCAGCCACAGUGGAAUGCAAAAUUUGAAACUAAGACAUUCUAAGUAUUUUAUUUCCUGACAUUACUGAUCGCAUCCAGUCUUUUCCCUUCAUCAUGUUUUAGCUGACCUGUGAAUAGCCCAAUAAAUAUGACACACCGUGUUGGCAAAA